GCCGGCCCUAGAACGAUGACGUUUUGAGGUUAUAAAUAUACCAGUCUAGGCACUGUGAAGGAAUUGAGAAGAACGAUGGCGACGGAGCUAGAAGAAUUGCUGGGCUUCCUAUCAUCUCCUUCUCCACCUGUGAAGAAGGCAGCGGUUGAAAUUGUUCGAGAUUUAACCGGGUCCGAGGAUGGAUUGCAGUCUCUUGGGAGCUACUCGGACGUUGCAAUUCCGUCGCUUGCUCGGCUUUUAGGUGAAAAAAAGGAGGUUUCAGUACCCGCAGCAGAAGCUCUAAUAAAUUUGUCACAAAAUUCAGACCUGGGAGCAAAGAUGGUUGAGAGGGGCAUGAUUAAAAUGGCCAUGGAUAUGUUGUAUAAGCCAGAUUCGGGCAUAAUCCAUUUGCUGGUCAUGCUUCUUGUUAAUCUCUCACAAUUGGAUGCUGGUAUUGACUCCUUAAUUCAGUCUGGGGAUGAGAAGAUGCAUGGGUUGUAUGUUAUGAAGCUUGUCAGAUCAUUUUGUACUUCAUCCGAUGAUAAAAAAGGUGAUUCUUUUGAACAUGUUGGUUCUGUACUUGUGAAUAUCACAAAAAAGGAAGCGGGGAGAAAACUUAUAUUGGACCCUAAAAGAGGACUCUUGAAGCAGAUCAUAAGGCAGUUUGAUUCAACCAGCACAUUGCGAAAGAAGGGGGUAUCCGGAACUAUUCGGAAUUGCUGUUUUGAAGCUGAGAGUCAGCUACAAAAUUUACUUUUGACAUCAGAGUUUCUUUGGCCUGCGCUACUUCUGCCUGUUGCUGGAAACAAGGUUUAUAGUGAACAGGACACUUCAAAAAUGCCACUCGAGCUUAGUAGUACAUUGUCAAUUGAGCGUGAACCUGUUAGUGAUCCUGAGAAUCGUAUCCAAGCAUUGGAAGCUAUUUACUUGCUCACGUUACAGGUCAAAUUCGCAGCACAACUUUUUUCUUUCAUGUUUUGGUAAUUUUUUUAUGAAUCCAUCAAAAAAGUAAUCAUAAAUAUCUUGUGGAGUCAUAUUUAACUAGCACUCAGAAAAGAAGGAAUUUCACAGCAGCUUGUGAGGUUUCAAACUGAACACGUGGAGUUGUUCUUCCAUAAAAAUCCAUCCUUUCGCUAUCAGACGAAGUUUAAUGGGAUGAGGUGGCUUGAUUAGUAUACUAUUAUCGCUCUUUCUCUCCAACUGUAUGUUUGUGUUUCUGAGGUGGCAGGUUUUUUUGGUAUUGAGCCUGUUAGGUUGGCUGAUAUGUUCAAUCCCUUUGGAUAUUAAGAACUUCUGAGGACAUCGUGCCCAUUAGAAGCCGACAAUAUUAAAAGACGUGUGUAUGAGCGCUGUUGUAUUAUGUGCGUCAGUUAGAAUGCACACAAUUAAAUGUUACAAAAUGAAGUUUGUAUAGCCAACUGAUGUUCUAGAGGCAUCAGACAAAAUUCUCUUUCUGGUCCUUUGUACACACUUUUGAGGAAAUAUAUUAGUUCCUUGUCAUGAGUGGCACAUCUCUGCACUUUCAUCUCCUUGCAGGAGGCAGGUCGAAGAGCUUUUUGGUCAGUCAAUGGACCACGGAUACUGCAAGUUGGGUAUGAAGACGAGGAAAACCCAAAAGUAAUGGAAGCAUACGAGCAAGUUGGCUCCUUGGUACUGUGAAUUUCGUCUUUCUUCUUCCACUUUGUCUUUUCCACGAAUUCUUCAACAAUCUGCAUUUUAUUUCCACUGCAAAACCAUAAAUUGCUCAUCUUGUUUGCCAGCUUGUUCAAGGUAGUGAUACUG